AAAGAGUUCUGGCUUUACACCAGCAGACACAGUGGCUAUUAUUUUCUGUUCCACACACAAAUCUCUAACCUUAGGUAUACCAAUGCUGAAGAUAGUAUUUGAAGGCUACAAGCAUCUGUCCUUAAUUUCAGUCCCAUUACUUAUAUAUCACCCCGCCCAGAUCCUCCUUGGCAGCAUUUUGGUACCAACAAUAAAAUCUUGGAUGAUUUCUAGACAAAAGGCAAUGAAAUUAACAAGGCAGCCCAAAGUACCAGUGAAAGUAUAAUGGAACAGCCCUCGUGAAUGUAUAUAUGUCCUAUUUUGUACAUACACAGAGACAAUGCAAAAGAUGAUCCUAUAUGAAUGUUGCCUCAGCACUUACUUUAUUUUUAUACUUACAGAUAUAUUUAAAAUACCUACUGAAGUGCCUUAAAAUACUUUUGACAAAAGCAUUGAUUCCAAAAUCAGAUGACUGGUUAUUAUAAGAGGUUGCACUCAGAAUUUCCAUUCAUUCACUUUUAUUUCUCUUCCUGAGCAAAUCAUCCUAGCAGUGAAACUUCAAAGCUUCCAUGAUCACAUCUUAGUCUCAAUCCACCAAAUGGUUCCUCUUCUGUAAGCUUUAUUACAGUGAAUGAAGACCAAACUGGACCUCUCAGUUGUCCUAAUUAUUUGUGAACUUUGUAUAUGUUUUCCUGGGCACUGUUUUCUUCUAGUUCCUUGAAGAUGAUUUCUGAAGAUUUAAGUGAGAAAAAAAACUUGAUUUUUGGUGAUUCUGUCACGUCCUUAUUUUGACAUGCCUUUUUUCUUCCAAAUUUGUGUAUAUUCAGGAAGGGGCCAGCCAUUGGAGAGAAACUGAGAAGCAUAAACUUUGCAUUUGUUGAGACCAUUUUCUCCACCUUCCUUCAAAGUAAAUGGCUUCUCAGGAUAAUUCAGAUUCAUUUUUAUGGUGCUGUGGCAUUUAUAUCUUAAAUGAACUAUGAACUUCUUCAAAGGCAAGGCCAUAAGGAAACACCAGUGAUUUACAAGCACUACUGGAUGAGUGUUUUUAUUAUCAUUGCUAUAGUUUACUAAAGCCAAUUAUCUUUUUCCCUUGUGCAGGACAUCCCACCCAAUAGUGGCAGAAAAAUACUAAUAUUGCAGCGGUCACUUUAUUGCCACUUACAAGCUUUUCAGUGCUAUAUUGUUCGAUAUCCCAUGAGCAGCAUACAAAAACUAAUGAGGUUGGAAGACUGCCCCCUCAAGCUAGUAUAUAUUUUAUAUAUAUAUAAAUAAAGAUAUAUAUAAAGAGUCUAUAAAAAAUGUAUGGGUUUCUAGUGCUUUCAGAGUCCUGUUUUUCUUGACAUGUGCAGGGAAGCUGCCUUAUCCAAGAGCACAUUUAUGCAUUUUCCUCUGCAUAACAUCCCAUGAAGUAAAACCCUGGUUUUAAACACAGAUACUUUUCUGCAUUAUAGUAGAAAACUACAAAAGCCUCUUGAAGACUGGCAUAUAUCUUGUAUGUUGUUCUAAUUUCAGAUUUAAACUAUUGGAAACAUGCCUACUCCUUCUAUCCCAACAUGUUGGGAUUAACUAUCCUUUCCCAGUAAUUUUAUCAGAUGCCAAGCUGAAAUGUUUGAUGUUAGAAACAAUUUGUGUCAAAUAGCUUGCUCGCUAGUGUCCAGUUGCCCAUUUUUCUGAAAUAAGCAGUUGUUUCCUGAAUGAUAAAGAUGUAUGAAUCAGCAAACUCUAAGCAUCUAUUUAACAGCUAUUGAAUUUGGUGAAAUUUCAGAAGUCAGCAUAAAAGAUACUGGUGUCCUGCCCCUCAAUCAUUUUUAUGUACAUCAUAAAUCAUAAUUCUAAAGUUGUUGUGACAUAUAGAUGUCUUUAACCAUAAUCACAAAAUUAGCAAAACCUGCAGAAAUGCACAGCAAAGCAAUCACAAGCAAGAUUCUCCCACUAAGCCAAUCAAGACAUUCCUUGCAUUUCCUACUGGUGGCUUUAAUAUACAACAAAGACCAAUUUUAAAACUUGAAGAGAGAAAAAAUUAGAAAAAGCACGCACUGCUCAUUUUCCUGUUUGUUUUUUAUAAAUCUUUUUCUAAGUUUAUAAAUAUGUGUUACCAAGUCAACAGCCCUUUUAGCCAUUGACUAAGUAACGCAGGGGUUAAACUUGGCAAGUUUAAGUCCCGGAAUUUUGGGAGUUGAAGUCCACAAGACUUAAAGUUGCCAAGUUUGAAGACCUCUGAAGUAAUGGAAAGAAUGGUUUGUUUUAUGAGAGAUUUGCAAAUUUAUUUUGCAUGCAAGUUCCAGGGAAAUGUAAAGAAUUUGCACAAGAAUGCAUGUUACCUUGUUACAGAGAUUCAGUUGAAUUGCCCCUUACAGAUGAAAACAUGGUUCUCAUUUGCUUUGGUUCAUUUCCCACUCUUCCGUCUUCCUCUUAAGUUAGGCAACAUCCUUUGAACAGUUAGUACACUGCUACUAUUCCAACAGAUCUACCUCGAGUUCAAGAUUUUGAUGAACAUGUAUCAUGGCAGUUUCAUAUAUAUUUUACCAAAUUCCAUGGAGAGACGUUUGGGGAUAAUGUUGUUUAUGGUUGGAGAAAACUAAAUGGCAUAUAUUCUUUUAUUUACUUAAUUGUUGAGUAGAUUGUUUUAGAAUGACACAUAAAGCAAAACUGAAGUGCAUAUUUAAAACCACAAACAGAACUUUUUCGUAUUUAGAAUGUUACAUUGUUGGUAAAGAUGGUUAAGGCCUUUAAAGACUUGACUUUAGCUAUAAAAAAGGUUCCCUGGAUUGGAUGCUAUCUUGGAAAAAGACAAGCAAUUGAUUUUGUAACAAGGGUCAUUAUCUUUCUAUUCCCUCUCUACCAAUAAGUUUUCUAUUUGUUUUUUAAAGCUUAUAUACAUAAUUUGAAAUAAAAACUACU